UUUGCGAGGGAAGAGACACGCGCCUCGCCGCCGCCCGCCGCGAUGCUACUGGCGCGCGCUCCGCCGCCGCCGGCGAUGCCCUCGGCGGUCAGCUCGCCGCCGCAACGGGAGAGCAUACUCCGCCCAUACUGCGUUCCCUGGACCCGCGGCUCCGUUGCGACGGCCGCCGUGGCGAAGGCUGCUCCUUUCCGGGGCGAGCAAAACCACAAGCAGGUAGCGAGCGUGGCGAACCCCCUGGUGAAGCACUGCGUUAGGCUCAGGCUCUCCUCCGCGUACCGCCGCUCCUGCCGCCGCAUUCUCCUCGUCGGACUCAUCCCCAUCCUGGAGAUGUGUAGCUUCGAAUUCUCCACCAUCGAAACCUUGCUUCUCUUGGACGGCAUAGAGCUACCGGAGGAAUUGUACGGGUUCUCUGGCAAUGUCGUGUAUGUCAGCGCCGCUGUGAUGAAGAAAGUUUCUGGGAUGCAAUCAGUUGAUUCAACUGAGGCAAUCGCUAUCAUUCACAUGCCUAAGUAUUUCCGCGACCUUGACAGCGACCAGGGUGGAGCUGUUCUUGAUGAGUGGCUCGGCUCUGCAAAGAGGAUUUUGGUUCUGGAUGGGAUUCAGGACCCUGGUAACCUUGGAACAUUGAUAAGAUCCGCUUGUGCUUUCAGAUGGGAUGGGGUAUUUCUUCUUCCAGCUUGCUGUGAUCCUUUCAAUGAAAAAGCUCUUCGUGCAGCUCGUGGAGCCUCAUUGCAGCUUCCAGUUGUUUCUGGUAACUGGUCUGAUCUGCAUGCUUUGAUGGCUAAAUCUGAUAUGAAGAUGCUGGCAGGUCAUCCAGAAAGCAGCAGUAAUGGAUCUGAAAGAACACAUGUUCUAUCUAAAGAACUAGCGGAUUCACUGAUGAGUGAAUCAGUGUGCUUAGUGUUAGGAAGUGAGGGCAAUGGCCUUUCGGCAGAUACCCUUCAAGCCUGUGAGCUUGUAAACAUUCCUAUGCAAGGUACAUUUGAAUCUCUUAAUGUUUCAGUUGCAGGUGGUAUCUUCUUAUUUAUGUUACAAACUAAACAGCAAAAAAUGGCAGAACGUUAACUGUUUAAGUCAUCCUUGAUUUUUUAAUAAUUUUAUUGUUCUUGUCCAAUCUGUUA